AUGAAAGUAAUUUCAGCCUUCCCAUAAAUUUUCCCUGUAGCUAAAGGGCACUUAAGUCGCACAUUUUCCACCUACCUUCUCAUCAUCAAACAGCAAAAUUGAACACCAUCUUUGUCCCUCAAAGCCCAUCAAAUCCCAUUUCAUCACCAUGGGGAGGAAGCCAAAAGCAAAGCCUUCAUUCUUCAAAGUUCUCAUCAAAGACUUCGCUCAAAAACUCAACCUGCCGCCUGUUUUUGUGCAGAAAUACGGCCGAAUGCUGCCUGGAACAGCUGAGCUCAGAACCAGUUUCGGAGAAACCUGGAGUGUGAAGCUUGAGAUAGAAGACGAGAAAUACUGCUUUACGGGGGGCUGGAGUAAAUUUGUAAAAGAUGCGGAACUGGAAGUGGGGGAAUUUCUGGUUUUCUGGUUUAACAUUGGUAAAUCCACCUUUGAUGUUUCAGUAUACGGAAUCAAUGGCUGCGAAAAAGAAAUUUCAAGCAGGAAUAAUACCUUGACAGAGGACUCGGAUGCUGAACUACGCAAUGACGAUGCUAAUAAGAAACAACCAAGAACUGGCGUUUGCCAGACUGAAGCUGGAGGGAGUGGCAUCACGACGAACCCAAGAUUCGAAGUAGUUCUGACUCAAAGCCGGAAAUUAAGACCAUCGCUCCGUAAGGGAUUCGCCGAGGCCGCUUGUUUAAUUGGGAAAAAAGCUGUGGUGCUGGAGUACCCGCCCAAGGAUCGAUAUUGGCCGGUCCUCCUGGAUAGCAAGUCGCUGCGCCAUUUUAGGCUUGACUUUGCUGCGGGCUGGCUGGAAUUCCGUAGAGAAAAUGAUUUACGGCUGGGAAAGACCUACUCAUUUGAGUUUAAUCCUACCAAGAAUGUGAUUCAAGUUAGGGAGUUGAAAUAGAAGAGGACUUGCUAGUACUCUGUUGUUAGUAUGAAUUUAUGUUUGAAUUGAUGCUUUCCCAAUGUACGUGCAUUGUCCCUAUGUAUGUAUGUAAAGCAUGCACUUAAGCGAAGUCGUUGUAUCAUCUACCAACCUUGUAUGGAAUCAACAAUUGUCUGUCAAUAAUAAUAUGGUUAGACCAUUAAUAAUAUGAUGAUCAUUAAAAUCUAUUAUUCCAAAAAAGAAAGAAAAAAGAAAUUGUACAACAUCAAUUGUUUCUUAUGUUCUGAAACUAAAUCAGACAUAAACGUCCGGCGUAUGACUUGCAGAAAUCUUACCCACUCUGCGACACGUUGAUUCAAUUUUCAACUGUAUAAUAGAUAUCAAACAUGGCGUGCAUUGAUUAUAUUUAGGUUCAUUAUUAUGGUUAUGGUCCGGUUUACUUGUCAAGAGGUCGUUCAUUCUUUUCAGGGUCACAAGUCACGAGCCUAUUCUUCAGUCAGGAACUAAAAAGGACAGGAUGCAGAGUAAUAAAGUUACUAGUGUUGAGCAAGAAUAGUGUUGCAGAAUCCCUGGUGGAUCCCCACUAGGGAUCCUGUUGGAUUUCUGCAUCAGUAGUGAAAUUCGUCAAUUAGUGCAUUGAUGAGAGAAUCUAUUCCCCACGGAUAUGAAUCUUAUUGGUCUUGCCAACGGUGCCUCCUGGAUUAGCGAGAAAGAAGUUCUGUCAAUCCAGGAAACAUAGCCUGAUUUAUAAAAUGUGGUCAUAGGCUAGUUCAGCGGCCAGAUUCGCGUUGUUUUCCUGGGAAAUUCCAUGGGGAAGAACUCAGAAACCAGGGCUUCUUUCUACAAGUUCUUGAACAACGAUGACUUCAAUUCUAGGCUCCGAAUUCCGCCUGAUUUUAUGAGAAAUUAUGGAGAGAUUUUGCCUCGGAAGACCACACUGAGAACUGAUGAACCUGGAAAAUCAUGGAGGGUUAGAAUAGAACAACUGGGGCAACGCCACUUCUUCACCCAAGGAUGGGCCGAAUUCGCUAAAGAUGUUGAUCUGAAAUUUCGGGAAUUUG